CACCAGCUUGCGACUGCGUCCCGACGGCGGCGGACGCUAUUGCAGCAUUAUCCCCCAACCUGUGUCAGCAAAGCUCGAAAAGAGAACUAUUCGCCAUGAAACCACAACAAAAACGCAAAUUGACCCUUCCCGCGACCCUUCUGAAGGAACUCGAUGCCCAGGGUACAUCAUCGCACGCCAACGGUAGAGGAGGUUUUCGAUCACAACCGUCCAGGAAAGAGCAACGCAAAGCUCAGCGCGUCACUAAGCGCCAUGCUAGAACGUCACAUCGAAGCUCUGCCACACAAAGUGGGACAUCAAAACCACAUUCUGCGGCGAUAUCGAGGCUUGCCUCGCAACCUUCGAGGGCAAACCGUAAAGGCGGCGAUCAAGCCCAAGACCUCAUCAACGGUGACGACGAUGACGAUUUUCUCGACUCAGAUGAAGACUCGGACAGCAGUGGGGAGAAGGAGGAGAAUGCUUCUCUGGACUUCAGUGACGAAGACGAUGGUGACGACAGCGACGACGACGACGAUGACGAGUCUGCCAUCGAGGACGAUCUUGAAGAGGACCUCGCUGAUGCGGGUGAGAAGCCUCGGCCAGGUCUGGACAGGAAGAAUCUCGCCACUCCAUCAAAGUCUGAAUUGAAGAAGCUUGCUCAAGAUGACGCCGAGAUUGCAGAAUUAGAGCGGAAACUUGGGCUCAAGAGCCGGAAAACAAUACCAAAGGACUUCGACGAGGACGGCCUCGGAGACCUCCUAGAGGGUCUUGACGACAAUGGCAAUGGCGACGUCGAUUUUACCGAAAACUCAGAAAAGCGUAAAAGGAAGGCCGAGGCGGAUGAGUGGCUUGCCCAGAAGCGACGGAAAGCUCAGAAAGCUGCCGCCCAGGGCCAGUCCCAAACCGAAUCCAGCAAAAGGUCGUGGCAACUAUCCGAGGACGACAUCGGUAGUGACGAAAGCGAAGAUGAUGAUGGCGACGGAUUUGACGGGUUUUCUGAGGAUACUACCGACGAUGAGAAGCAGCCACGACCUCAACGCGAAAACCCCUAUGUGGCGCCAACAACCAACCUUGCAAAAUACGUGCCGCCAUCGUUACGCAAGAAAAUGGAUAACGCCACCGACGAAGACAUGCAACUUCGAAAGCGCAUACAAGGUCUUAUAAAUCGCCUCACCAAUGACAGCAUGAUCGGUAUCACGAAGGAGAUUUCCAAUCUGUAUACAACCAACCCCAGACAGGCAGUUACGAGUAUUCUGACGGACAUUCUUCUGGUACUGGUUUGUUCUCCCGAAAAACGGCCUGACUCGUUCUUCACAAUGAUAGCGGGUUUCAUAGCUGCUACCCAUAAAGCCUUGGGGAUGGCAUUCGCCGCACAGUUCGUGCAGCAGUUGGUUGAAACCCUCGACAAGUAUCACGACCAAGCUGCUGGUGACCAUUCUGAUUCUGGCUCGAAGCACGCUGCUACUCUAUUGGCCGAGCUCUACAAUAUGCAAGUCAUCAGUUGUACUCUGGUCUUUGACUAUGUUCGGCUCUUUCUGCAGAACUUGAACGAGCUCAACACAGAGCUACUUUUAAGGAUCAUCCAACUGUGUGGGCCGGCUUUAAGACGCGAUGACUCUCAAUCUCUACAGCAAAUCGUCAACCGUGUCAAGCCUGCCGAUGGCAGCAACAUCUCUGUCCGCACCAGCUUCAUGAUUGAGGAGAUGAAGAAACUCCAAAGCAACAAGACCAAGGCGAAUGCACGCAACAAGGACCUUGCCGAUCAGCGCACACAGAUUCGCAAGAAGAUCGGCAUGUUGCCUGGCUCACAAGACUCGCAGCCAUUACGAAUUGGUCUGCAAGAUAUUCACAAUGCCGAUAAAAUUGGAAAAUGGUGGCUUGUUGGUGCCAGCUGGGCCGGCAAGGAUCGUGAUCAAGGCCAGGUCGACGGGGAUGAUGAAGCCGACAUUGUGGAUGACAGCAUGGACUUCGGAGAGCCUGACGAUGACCUCGAUAUUCCCGAUCUGUGGCAGCUGGCACGCGAGCAAGGGUUCAACACAGAGGUGCGACAGCGCAUCUUCGUCGCCUUGCACGCAGCCACGGAUUACGAGAACGCCGACUUGCUGUUGAGGAAGCUUAAACUCAACAAACACCAGAGGAAGGAGAUCCCCGAAGUUAUUGUUCGUUCUGGCGAGCGACAGAUGGAUUACAAUCCCUACUACGCUCUUGUCGCUGGAAAGUUUUGUGGAGAUCGAGAGGUUCGGUUCCAGUUCCGACGUUGCCUCACGACACGGUUUCGAAAAAUGGGCGAGGAUAUUGAGACGGGCGAUGGUGACGAGGCAGACCUAGACGAGGAGGCUGAGUACAACAUUCGAUGGCUUUACAACUCGGCCAAACUUUACGGCAGCCUGGUCGCGAACCGGUCCCUUGGCCUUGUGGACAUUGUUAAGCAUCGAAACAUGAUGGCGCUACAGGAAAAAGCCCACAUGUUUGUAGAGCUUGUCCUCAUUACGAUGCUUCAGCAAUUGAGCCACGCACGACUCAAAGAGGUGCUGGGAAGCCUUGAUGGAGACUUGGUGCGCAGUGUCCAGUACUUUGUCAAGAAACAUGUGCGCAGUACAGACUUGGUUAGAGACAAAAAGGAGAGGAAGAAACUCAAGACGUCGUGCGACGCGGCGCUAGAGGUCCUGGACAGCAUGCAGACAGUAGAUGUAGUCUAGUCAGAUAGAUAAUCAGGCAAGACAGGAUACAUUGAAGAAGUAGUGACAGCCUCGAGAACAUAUCAUCGUCCCCGUUGAUGACUUCCAAGGUCGGUAUCUGC